UAUGUUUUGACGGCGGAAAAACAAAGAUCAGCUGUUAGCGAUAACCUCAAAGUUAGUUAAAAUGUUCCGCUUGCUAUUGCGGCAAUCUAAAAUUAUUUCACAUAAUUAUCCAAACCCAUAUGUACGAUUACCAGUACAGAGAUGGAUACAUACUACAAACAAACUGCUUCAUGGCGAGUAUGAAUGGCAGGAUCCGAAAUCAGAUGAUGAAAUUGUCCACGUUACUUAUAUUGACAAAGAUGGUAAGCGAACAGAAGUCAAAGGAAAGGUUGGCGAUAAUGUGUUGUACCUAGCGCAUCGACACGGCAUUGAGAUGGAAGGAGCUUGUGAGGCAUCUUUGGCAUGUACAACAUGCCACGUCUAUGUGAUUGGAAAGUACUACGAUCAAUUACCAGAAGCGGAAGAGAAAGAAGAUGAUUUACUAGACAUGGCGCCGUUCUUGAGAGAAAACUCUCGCCUUGGUUGCCAAAUAAUUUUAACAAAAGAAAUGAACGGUAUGCAGUUGCAGUUGCCAAAUGCAACAAGAAAUUUUUAUGUGGAUGGCCACAAACCAAAACCACAUUGAUUGUCUGGUCAAUAAAUGCAUUCACACAAAGCAAUGCCAACCCCA